AUGACGUCUCCAGCCAAAUUCAAAAAGGAUAAGGAGAUCAUAGCAGAGUACGAUACUCAGGUCAAAGAGAUCCGUGCUCAACUCACAGAGCAGAUGAAAUGCCUGGACCAGCAGUGUGAGCUCCGGGUACAGCUGUUGCAGGACCUCCAGGACUUCUUCCGUAAGAAGGCUGAGAUCGAGAUGGACUACUCCCGCAACCUGGAGAAGCUGGCAGAGCGCUUCCUGGCCAAGACCAGGAGCACCAAGGACCAGCAGUUCAAGAAGGAUCAGAAUGUUCUCUCUCCAGUCAACUGCUGGAAUCUCCUCUUAAACCAGGUGAAGCGGGAGAGCAGGGACCACACCACGCUGAGUGACAUCUACCUGAAUAAUAUCAUUCCUCGGUUCGUCCAGGUCAGCGAGGACUCAGGAAGGCUCUUUAAAAAGAGUAAAGAAGUCGGCCAGCAGCUCCAAGAUGAUCUGAUGAAGGUCCUGAAUGAGCUCUACUCGGUCAUGAAGACAUAUCACAUGUACAAUGCCGACAGCAUCAGUGCUCAGAGCAAGCUAAAGGAGGCGGAGAAGCAGGAGGAGAAGCAAAUUGGAAAAUCCGUAAAGCAAGAGGACCGGCAGGCCCCACGCUCCCCUGACUCCACAUCCAACGUCCGCAUUGAGGAGAAGCAUGUCCGGAGGAGCUCGGUGAAAAAGAUCGAGAAGAUGAAGGAGAAGCGCCAAGCCAAGUACACGGAGAACAAGCUGAAGGCCAUUAAAGCCCGGAAUGAGUACUUACUGGCCUUGGAAGCCACCAAUGCAUCUGUCUUCAAGUACUACAUCCACGACCUGUCUGACCUUAUUGAUCAGUGCUGUGAUUUAGGAUACCACGCCAGCCUGAACCGCGCACUGCGCACCUUCCUCUCUGCUGAGCUGAACCUGGAACAGUCAAAGCACGAGGGUCUGGAUGCCAUCGAGAAUGCCGUGGAAAACCUGGAUGCCACCAGUGACAAGCAGCGCCUCAUGGAGAUGUACAACAAUGUCUUCUGUCCGCCCAUGAAGUUUGAGUUCCAGCCCCACAUGGGGGACAUGGCAUCCCAGCUCUGUGCCCAGCAGCCCGUCCAGAGUGAGCUGGUACAGAGAUGCCAACAACUGCAGUCUCGCUUAUCCACCCUGAAGAUCGAGAAUGAAGAGGUAAAGAAGACAAUGGAGGCCACUCUGCAGACCAUCCAGGACAUUGUGACUGUCGAGGAUUUCGACGUGUCUGAUUGCUUCCAGUACAGCAACUCUAUGGAAUCCGUCAAGUCCACAGUCUCAGAAACCUUCAUGAGCAAACCCAGCAUCGCCAAGAGGAGAGCCAACCAGCAGGAGACAGAGCAGUUCUACUUCACGAAAAUGAAGGAGUACCUGGAGGGCAGGAACCUCAUCACCAAGCUACAAGCCAAGCACGACCUUCUCCAGAAAACCCUGGGAGAGAGUCAGCGGACAGACUGCAGUCUGGCCAGGCGUAGCUCAACUGUGAGGAAACAGGAUUCCAGCCAGGCAAUUCCUCUGGUGGUAGAAAGCUGUAUCCGGUUUAUCAGCAGACACGGGCUACAGCAUGAAGGAAUUUUCCGGGUGUCAGGAUCCCAGGUGGAAGUGAAUGACAUCAAAAACGCCUUUGAGAGAGGAGAGGACCCCCUGGCUGGAGACCAGAAUGACCACGACAUGGACUCCAUAGCUGGCGUCCUGAAGCUGUACUUCCGGGGGCUGGAGCACCCGCUCUUCCCCAAGGACAUCUUCCACGACCUGAUGGCCUGCGUCACGAUGGACAACCUGCAGGAGCGAGCUCUGCACAUCCGGAAGGUCCUCCUGGUCCUCCCCAAAACCACUCUGAUUAUCAUGAGAUACCUCUUUGCCUUCCUCAAUCAUUUAUCUCAGUUCAGCGAGGAGAACAUGAUGGACCCCUACAACCUCGCCAUCUGCUUCGGGCCCUCGCUGAUGUCGGUGCCUGAGGGCCACGACCAGGUGUCCUGCCAAGCCCACGUGAACGAGCUGAUCAAAACCAUCAUCAUCCAGCACGAGAAUGUCUUCCCCAACCCCCGGGAGCUGGAGGGCCCCGUCUACAGCAGAGGAGGGAGCACGGAGGAUUACUGUGACAGCCCUCAUGGAGAGACUACCUCGGCUGAAGACUCAACCCAGGAUGUGACCGCAGAGCACCACACCAGCGAUGACGAGUGUGAGCCCAUCGAGGCCAUUGCCAAGUUUGACUACGUGGGCCGCACGGCCCGAGAGCUGUCCUUCAAGAAGGGGGCAUCUUUGCUGCUUUACCAGCGGGCUUCCGACGACUGGUGGGAAGGCCGGCACAACGGCAUCGACGGUCUCAUCCCCCAUCAGUACAUCGUGGUCCAAGACACCGAGGACGGUGUCGUGGAGAGGUCCAGCCCCAAGUCUGAGAUUGAGGUCAUUUCUGAGCCACCUGAAGAAAAGGUGACAGCCAGGGCGGGGGCCAGCUGCCCCAGUGGGGGCCACGUAGCCGAUAUUUACCUUGCAAACAUCAACAAGGCCCCCGCUGCCCACCUGACCACUUGCACGUGCCCGCGGCUGCUGCAGGGCAGACAGGGCCGAGGAGACGUCCGCAGACCCCGUCCGCAGGCCCAGCGUGCGGCCGUCACCCUGAGGACCGGGUGCACCCUACUGUCCCCGAAGCGGCUCAGACCUUCCUGGCCGUCUGACUGCUAAAACUCUGGCCAAAGCUGCAGUCACUUCACGCAGCUUAGUUUUGUGCUGUUUCUCAGAGGUGCCUUCUCGUUUUCAGUUUUGACUCAAAUAAUAGUCUGACGUCUUCCUUGGCCCUGUCUGUUCAAAAAUCCAAAGUCUCACGUGUCUUCGGCCAGGUUCACGUUACCCCCAAUGGUUUAUUUUACCGUGUGUCUGUUUCUCCCUCAUCCUGCCUUCACUCCCCUGGAGGAAAGGAGACCACUCCCCACCGCCCACGGAAAGCUCCGUCCUGGGAUCUUCAUUCAUUGUCUAACCCCAGCUCCCUUUCCUCAUGCCCUUUCACCCCAGAAGAAACAAUUUGCCAUUUUCCCCUACCGCUUUAGCCAGUGUAUGAUCCUGCCCUACUAGCCUUGUGCAGAUGCCCACUUCCGUCCAGCAGGCUCGUAACUCUGGCCCCCGGCUUUCACUGUGGCUGUUAGCAACAUCCUGGGGUUUUUACUCCACUCGCGCCCGAUCUGGCCAUCUAGAGGGAUUCCACGCCCGUGUGCUGCUGCCUCCCCUAGAGACAUUCAGGUUAUUGGAGAACUAAUCUCAUCUCAAGGGGCCAGACACCAAGUCCCAAAGCCUACAGACCUCUUUCCGCCAGACCCUGAAACCUGGCCCAGUGCCAGCAGGAUGACAAGCCCCAGGGCGCUCCCGAUGAAUAUGGAUUGGAGAUGAUGUACAGCUUUUAUUCCCCUCUGGCUUUGGAGGAAUGAAAUGAUUUGCACAUUGAAAACCUGUUAACCGUAGCCUCUGGAUACUGAAACUGGAAGGAGAA